GUGAGGCAAGGCACGUCAACGGGAAAUAGGCCGAGUCGUGUCCACAGUCGCUGUUAUUGUUGCAAGGCUGGAAUUACUCACCCACAUUAAAGACACGCACACUAUGGUGAAGCAUUAUUCUGUUUCACAGGGAGGAGACGCAAACCUGUCGCUCUGACAUCGACCUUAACCAGCGGAAACCCGUUAGCUUUGGCAGCUAACGCAAGCUAGCUAAGUUAGCUGUUACAUACCGUCGUAGUUUUUUUUUCCAUGCAGCUGACCUCCACCACAACACAGGCGCACUGAGUAUCAUUUGCUUGCAAGGUUGGGGUCAUUAUUCCCCGGUUUCUUCACGUCCGCUCCAGAGUGGUGCCCCGUGGACGGUUCCCGAAUAUGAUACAUAAUGAGUCAAAGAGAUACCUUAGUUCAUCUGUUUGCUGGAGGAUGUGGGGGCACGGUAGGAGCCAUAUUGACUUGUCCACUGGAAGUAGUGAAGACCCGCCUGCAGUCAUCCUCCAUCACCCUCUAUGUGUCUGAAGUUCAGCUCAGUACCGUCAAUGGGCCCAGUGUAGCCCGCAUGUCCCCACCAGGCCCCCUGCACUGUCUCAAACUGAUAUUGGAGAAAGAAGGACCUCGUUCACUCUUCAGGGGCUUGGGGCCAAACUUGGUGGGCGUGGCACCCUCCAGAGCAAUCUACUUUGCUGCUUACUCUACUGCCAAAGAGAAACUGAAUGGUGUGUUGGAACCUGACUCCACACAGGUACACAUGGUGUCAGCUGGAAUGGCAGGUUUUACAGCCAUCACAGCAACCAAUCCAAUAUGGCUCAUAAAGACCCGUCUACAGCUGGACGCUAGGAAUCGAGGUGAGCGCAGGAUGAGUGCGUUUGAGUGUGUGCGGCGGGUGUAUCAGACAGACGGCCUCCGAGGCUUCUACAGAGGAAUGUCGGCAUCCUACGCCGGCAUCUCAGAGACUGUGAUCCACUUUGUGAUCUAUGAAAACAUCAAACGGCGCCUCUUGGAGGCCAAGGCACCGCAGAACAUGGAUGAGGAAGAGGAGGCGUCCAAAGAUGCUUCUGACUUUGUGGGGAUGAUGCUUGCUGCUGCCACCUCCAAGACCUGUGCCACAACUAUCGCUUAUCCCCAUGAAGUGAUCCGCACCAGGCUACGUGAGGAGGGUACCAAGUAUCGCUCUUUCUUCCAGACUCUAACAACAGUGCCCAAAGAGGAGGGGUACCGCGCCCUGUACCGCGGCCUCACUACCCACCUGGUACGACAGAUCCCCAACACCGCUAUCAUGAUGUGCACCUACGAGUUGGUGGUCUACCUCCUGAACGGUUAAAAGUCUCCCACCCCCCCCCCCCCCCCACUUUUUAGACGUUAAAUGUAACCCUACCCCUGUUCGAAGAUGGAGAAAAGAAAACAAGAUCAACUGCACACCAGUUGGCACAACAACCUGCUCACCAGAACAGGACAGAGAUGGCACGAUGACCUUUGUCUCAGUGACACAAGUGGUCGUUAAAAAUAAGUUGGGAGUUUUGUUUCAUAGCCAAAGGAUCUGGCACAAGGAGGAGGAUUGAUCCUGGCAUUAGUUUAGGGAUCUGGGUUUAGCUGUGGCAAAGAAACAGUUUCCCUAUUUUUAAGUUUAGUCCAUCCUUUUCUCCCUUUGGUUAUGUAUGUUGCUUGUGCAAGCUCAGAUUCAGUGUGUUGAAGAAAGAACCAGACUUACAGUAUAUUCUGCCUCUAACAAUACUAAUAACAAAAGAGAAAUUAUUCCAGUCCUCAUUACUUUGUGGAUAUAAGACCCUCUCCAGCAGUAGGCUUUGUUCUCAUGCCUAUGAUCUGUUUUUAAAACAUUUUUAUUAGCAUCAUGCAGUAUUCCCUGCAUCUGUAGAGGCCCAGAAUACAAAGAUGCCCAGACUCAGUAGUAAGCUGAAAUAUCUGAUGAGGGUUCAGCAGUCAAUGAGAGCAAGGAGAAAUCAGUGCUUUGGCUUGUUGAGGAAGGAGGGAGGGAGGGAGGGAGGCGAAUGGGUGACGUGCCUUGUGUGAAGAUACGACACAGAUUAUGAUGCACAAAGGCUGUAGGAGGUGGUGGUGGAGCUCUGGUUGACCUGUUACAACCAAGGAUGUAGAAUUGUAGUUGUACACUGGUAACGUGUGAUUUCAGGUGCCCUUAGUCAACCUUUUACAUAUCAUGAGCACAGACACGCUCACCUGAAGGUUUUUAUUUACUAGCCCAGUACAAAUCGUGAAAUCCUCAUAAUGCAGGAAUUUCCAUGCAUUUACUGCUCUUCACACUACAUACUUACAUGGAUGUCUGCUAGCCUGCGACCUAUGAACCUGGUUUGUGUUACCUGUGUGUGAAAGAAGAAUGAUGACUAAGGUCAGAUGGAGGGUAAAAAUAAAUCACCGAACUGAACCAGAAUAUAAUCCACUGUUCUAACUACUGGAAUGUAAAUAAACAGGAGGAAUAACUUUACUAAAAGCAAGAAAGUAAAGCACUGACCCAUCUUGUGAAUUAAAAAUAAAUAUAACAAAUUUUAACAAAUUGUAAUAUUGAUAAAUAUAUAAAAUACCUGCCUAAGUGAUUGUGUUGCAUUUGUCUGCCCAGUUAUGGCAAAAUGCAAAUAUUUUGUGCAUUUUCUUUAGAGGAGAGGGUAUUUUCCUGUUUGUUGUUACCUUCUUCUCGAACAAGGUUGUUGUUCUUAUAGCACUUUUCAAUGUCUUUCUCUAGAAUCUUCAUCUCAUUCUUUUUCUUUUCUUUUUUUUUUUUUUUUUUUGUGGAGAAUCCAGGCUAGUUUUACAGGCGAGGACAAUCCUCUUGAGUUUACUCUGGAAGAACUUGUUGUACAGUUUAAACCAGUGGUGUGGAGGAAGUGGCCAGGAGUAUGCUCCUCAUAAGCGCACAUUAAUUAAACGCAGACCAGUGAAAAAAAAAAAAAAAAAAAAAAUUUCUUGAUUCCCAUCAUUCAGUUGUCAUUUAGGUAAACAAAAUCACUGCAUUUCAACUGUUUUUUUUUUUUUUUUUUUUUAAUGGAACUGCUUUUGUUUCAAACUGUUCAAGUGAAAAAGACUGUGUUUUGCUGUGACCUAAUUUAUCCUCAUAAAAGUAACUUUCCUUGUGUAAUCACAUGACCCAAGGACCCAGCCUGAUGAUAACUGUAUGCAUUUUUAUCACUAAUGCAAACUUUAAAGGGCCUUGCUUCGCCCACAGUGCUGUGGUUAUCUUCCAGUGCAUUUUAACUCACACUGAUAACUUAUCCAAAUACUUCACUGCUUCAUAGGUCAGAGUGCUGGUGUGCAGCAGUAAGGGCAUUUUUGGCGUAAUGUGCAGCUCGACUGCUCACUUUCUCAGUGCCAUUGAACUUGAGACGGCAGAAGCGGCUUCAGCGUGUGUCCCCAGAUGCUUUGUGUCCACUGAAAUUACUGACAUGAUCCUCAAUGUGAACAGUGAACAGUUUUACAGCACACAUGAAGGAUGCAUUAGAUUAGCCUCAUUGUACAAAAGUUAUUAGAGAUGUAUUAACGCUUGCAGACAACGCCAUCAACGCACACUAUUAAUGUAGUGAGAUGUGAGUCCGUGGGUGACUCCGUUGCUGCUAGUAGUGACUGGACGUUUGUGUAUCACGGUGCUGGCUACACUCCUAUGGGUUUAAAACAGGACAUGUAGUGUGAGUUGGUUGUACCUAAUGUGAAAGGGUCAGUUUACCCAACUAACAACAACAAAACAAUUUCUGUCUUACCUUCACUGGCAUUUAGUUUUAGUUUUAUUUUUUCAGGCCAUGAGAUAUCUGUGAGUCAGCUCAGUACAAAGCGAAUGGAGUUGUGUUUUUGAUUCUCACACAGUUUAGUUUUUCAGUGGUGUUAGAACCACAAACAAAACUCCACACACAGCUUCUGUUGUAUCAAGGUGGCGGCUGAUAUUUCAAAACCUGGAGUGAAAAAUGCCAGAGGUAAGUGGCAAGAUUUUUUUUUUUUUUUUUUUUUUGGGUGAACUGACCCUUUUAACUGUAAAUUCCUAUGCAUCUCUUUCACUCGUAUCAGUGUCUGUUAUUUGUCAGGUGAUGCAUUCUUCCCUGCAUUCUAUGGUUAUUCUUUUGCACCCACACGUUUGCAUUGUGUGCCUGUGUGCGUGCGUGUGCCGCGUAUAUGUUUUGUGUGUGUGCUUGCCUAAGUGACAAUUGUAUGUCAUUCAGUUGUGUCUUGUGUGUAAGAGACCAUAGGAGUAUGUGUGUCUGUAUGCAUGCACUCAGAAAAAUACCUGCAAACAGUGUUGUUUUUAUCUUUAAAUAAAUUGUUGCCUUUUCCUGAGGCCCUUUGUUUUUUGUUUUUUUUGUUCCAUGUUGUCAGUGAUGAGCCAACUGUGAGUGUGGCUCAGUCUAUGCAUCGUCUCAUACCUGUUUUUGUAAAACAAGAAGUAAAUAAAAUGGAAAGAGUGCAAGUAUA